AUGGCUCUAUGGAGUGGACGGAAAGAGACUGAACAAGUCGUCGUUGUCGUUGUUUUUCUCACGUUGGCUCUGAUCAUUCUUUCUCUACGACUCUACACCCGAGUGAUCGUGACACGAAAUCAUGGACCGGAGGAUUGGUUCAUCGCGGCAGCAUUCUGCUUUUCAAUAACACAAGCAACGUUCGUACUUCUGGAGGUUCACUAUGGGCAAGGCCAACCUCAGGAUACACUCUCAGCAGAAAACCUGUUGAACCUACUGAAGACACUGUACAAAGCAAUUCCUGUGUACCUCGCCGGAUUGACAUUUACAAAGCUCUCGAUCCUAUUACAGUACAUGCGACUAUUCCAAGGGAAAACGGUACACAGAAUCAUCAUUGGAAUGCUAGUCUUCGUCGCAGCAUAUGGAACGUGGUCAGUUGCUGGAUCUUUACUUAUCUGCUAUCCAGUCCACUACUUCUGGGACCGAAAAGGGACCGCCAGAUGCAUGAACCACGAAGCAAAAUGGUUCAGCGACGCCACCGUCAGCAUCAUCACCGACCUGAUACUCUUGUGUAUACCAAUGCCCUUUCUCAAAGGUCUCAAUCUACCCUACCGCCAAAAAGUAGGCUUGAUAGCCGUCUUUGCUCUGGGAGGCCUUGUAUGCCUAGUUUCCAUCGCCAGACUGGGCCCCCUAUACAUCAUCGCAACAACAAACGACGUCAGCCUCCACAACGGUCCCGCAGCCUUUCUCUCAAGCAUGGAAGUAAACGUCGCCAUCAUCUGCGCCUCCCUACCCAGCUUACGAGCAAUCACCCUACGCACCUGGUCACAGAGACACUUGCAUCACCAUCAACAGCCAACCUCAAUACGCCACGGUCACUCAGGCUGGUGGCGCUUCGGCAGACAAAAUGAUGAUAUAGAACUAGAAGGGGGCCAAAGACAAGAUCUAAAUGAUUCAGGGAGUGCGAUCACGAAGAGUGUGACGAUUGAAAUGAGCACAAAAGAAAGGAGGGGAAGCAGGAAAUCCUCUAUUUGGUCGUUGCCGUUUCAUGGUGGUAUCUUUGAUGGUGGUAUCACCACUAAAGCACACAUAAAGUCUAGCAUCCGGUGA